AUGCGCACCUCUUUCGCGCUAUCUGUCGCUUCUCUAUGUGGUGCCACGGUUGCCCAGAACAACACCAUUCUGAGCAUUAAGUCUGGUAUCAGCGAUGUUGACAUCCGCCAAUUGCCUCAAAUGCUGAGGAGUGCUGGUGAAACUCCUGACCAAAAGAUUGUCUCUUUCCUGAAUACCACUGAGGUCACCACGCUUGUGUAUGUCCACACUCAACUGGUCCAAACCUCAGCUUCCAGCAUCGACAGCGAUACCCUCUGCAGUUUCGUUACCGAGGCGAGCCGCAAGCUAUCAUUACAGUCUCAAUGUGCCGUCGAUGUUCUUGGCGAAGCCUUCGAAGAAUCCGGUGAUGAUUUGCACUUGAACGAUCCCGAUGCCGUCUACCAAAAGCAUUUGGAAUGGAUGAAGAUGGACCAAGUGUGGCAGCUUGCUCUUCCUCAUGUUACUCGAAAAAUCAAGGUGUCCGUUAUAGAUUCCGGUAUAGACUGGACUGAUCCUGAUCUGGCUCCUUUGAAGGGGACGGUGAAAAGAAAAAGCGGUGGCUAUAAUGAAGGAGGGUGGAACUUCAAGACCAAUUCAUCGACUCUGACAUUCAAGAACACCCACGGUACCAGCGUCAGCAAGCUUCUUGCCGCCAAGAGUAACAACUCGAUUGGAGUUGCUGGAAUUGCUCCCAAUGUCACUUUAGUGCCACUACAGAUAUUCGCAGAGGACUCCCGUGCGAGUCUAUCACAUUUCGUGGCUGCCCUCGAGAUGGCUAUCGACCUGGAGGUCGACAUUAUAUCGGCAUCCCUAGGUUUCAGAUUGAGCAUGUAUCAGCUCGACCAGCAACAUUUGCUGUUCGCGGCUCUGCGUGAGGUACAGCAGAAUGGCAUCAUGCUCAUAUCCUCCGCUGGCAAUUCCCUCGCAGAGGCAUCCGAUGUUUAUCCGUGUUGGUACGGCGGACCCCUCGGUAUCUGUGUGGCCUCCUUAUACGACUAUAUGUGGGAAAACAGGACUGAACCUGUGUUGAAGACUAGUUCGAAUUACGGGGACAGGGUUGACGUCGCAGCCUAUGGUGGAGACCUCGUCGUCGGCCGCGAUCAGGACGGUGAGCUCAUCACAUUCAGCGGUACUUCAGCUGCACAACCACUCGUUGCUGGCCUGGCUGCUAUCCUCUUGUCAAUGGAUAUCCAACCGAUGAUGGUUAAGAGGCUUAUGUUGGCGAAUACAGAUCCUGUCGUCUGUGAAAUGCCUGACCUCAUCCCUCAGCAUGUAAGAAGUGGCGCCGUCAACGCUUCAAGGCUCAUACAGCACGCCAUCAGCUUGCUCUCUCCGACGUCGCGGAGCUUGAGAGGCAGAGACAACUUCAAUUUGAUGGAAUAA